AUGGACCAAGAUCACGUUCCUCUCGGCAUCCGGCUCCCCACUCUCACAAGUCUCACAAGCCUCUUCCUUCUGAUAAUAUGUCCAACCAUAGCUAUAAACCAAGUACCCCUCUCACCUCCUUCAAAUCCUCCGCAUAUUCCCACUUCCCUCAAUUUCUCUUCGCCCGGUCCCUAUUUGUUCCAUUCUCUAGCAACCCUACUCCAACAAUGGCCCCAAACUUUCUUCCCCAACGGUCACACAAUUGCUAGCGUUACCAUACCGCCCCAUACGCUGCUCUACCACGGCCGCCAUGAUGCGUCGCCGCCGCCGAGUCCGGAGUGGCUCGCCUUUGAUGUGGAAAUGGCGUAUGGGAUCAUGGGCAACCUGCCAGAUUCGCGACUGCUGACCUAUCGUACGACUCGGCCAGUACGCGCCGUGUACUUUGAUGGCAUGAGCGCGAGUCUGAUGGGCGAUGGUACAAAAAGCCAGAUGGUGUUCCUGUACAACGGCACCGAUGGUAUUCCCAAACGAGAGUGGCCGAGACCGGGGCGGCCUCCUGGAAGGGGAGGAAAAAAUGAUGGGGAUAGGCAUUGGAACCCGCUUGAAGACGAGUAUUUCCGGGCCAGAGGGCUUUGUGCGUGGCUAAAAGAGGAGGGGCUUGGGGGGAGAGGAUGGGGGUAUGAGGGCGUGGUCAGGAUGAAUGCGGGGUUUGAGGCUAUUUGGUGUGAUUUUGAGUCGCCGUCGUUAAGGUUGGUGUCGAAUCUGAAUGUGUCAGUACCACGGCUUGAGUUGGAGGAGUCAGAGAGCGGUCGUUUGAGUGAUCAAGAGGAGGCUGUGGAGCUUGGAGAGUUGAGAAGGCGGUCUCGGGUAAAGAAGUUGGAAGAUGGUGAUGAGGGACCGCAUGGGCCUGGGAUGGCGGAUCCGAUCGAACCUUUCAAGGAAUUCUCCAGCUGGAUGUGGUUCUCUGCCGCCACACGACGGUACUUUGGCGAACCCCGAGUGAAGGUUGAUGUCUGCGGACUUUUCUCAUUCUACGAUCCGGGAAUGCAGGGCCAAACCACUUCGAGGAUCAUCCAAGAAGCUGAAGAGUUGAAUAUCACUACUGGUGGACUCUGGAUCCAACCUGAGGAGGAAAGCGAUAGACUCAUGGGUCUGCAAAAGCUUACCCGGCGAAGACGAGCGCACGAGCUCGACAACGUCAGUAAUGAUGACGGUUUGAUCAUGCGAAAUAGUGUUAACGCCAUCCUGAAGAAAGUACUAGGCAAUGGAAAGAGCUGUAGUGGGAUUGAAUGGCAUUCUAUCGCCCAGGAGAUUGUAAAAACUUAUCACGUAGUACUUCAAGACCUCCAGCUGGCACUGCAAAAAGCUGGAAACAGAGAUGCAGAUUUGAACACGCGAGCUAGGCUGGAGUCCGUUCGAUUCUUGACGCACUGGUUGCUUCUCCAAUUCUUGGAGUACCCGCCAAAUCGGCCGUAUUCGAAACAUGCCCUAGCAAAUAUGUUCUCGUUGGAUUCUCAAGUAGCACGACACGCUUUUGAAAGGUGUCGCAGUCAGUACGCAGUGGACGGCUUUGAGCUGAACGAUCGCGAAGAUGUGCUUUCUUCCGGUAUAAACGACACGCUUUCAGGAAUCUGCAGCACUUUCAUUCGAAUCGGCAUGGAAGUAGAGUACGUUUGGCUUGCGCACUACAACAACGGCCCUCGUGGAGAUGACCCAAGGGGGUCCCGGGUCAUAGGAUUCGCCGACAGAAUUACUCAAUGGAAACAUCAGCUGGAGGAGCUCAUAGCCUGGCUCGGAUGGGCGGAGCAGGACUCCACCUGCCGAGAUGUUUGUGCACCCGGUGAAAUGUGCUAUAUUCCCAUGUGGCCAGUGGCCGGCUUUCCUAGAAGAGAUCGACCUCCGCCCGAGAGACCCGACUUCAACGCAGACUUGAACGAAGCAAAUGCUCGUCCGAGGCCGCCUCCCGGUUGGGGUAACAUGGAUGAAUAUCUGUGGCAUCCAACAUGUGUAAACGCAUCUUCAUUUCCCCCGUGA